UUUGUCAGCGCCUUGAAAGUGCCGGUGUGUUGUGACACUCGCGUAAAUUGGCGAACAAUAGGGGCAAAAAUUUCGCGCGCUGCUUUGAUAUGCGCAUAGUUUGGGCGACAACUCUACCUGGCGUACGACUACAAGAGUCGGCGGAGGCGUUGGGUUAGUCAUUCUGUCGUCAGACACCGAACAAGACACACGUCAAGUCGCUCUCUCUCCUCUCGCUCGUAACGUUUACCCACGGAGUACCGUAUCAGUAUUAGAUCGAACUGCCGACGGGUACUGAUCCCGCCCUGCACGCGGAUACGUGUUGAUCACAGCAGAACACCGGGUGGUUCGACUAGUCACCGGCGGGACCUACGUGCCUUCUCUACCGACGACUCCUCGCCUGUCUGCCGGUCCCCUUCCUUCCAAGGCGCCGGAGAAACUCGACUCUCGGCACUUCAGGCCUCUCACGCCGAAUCGAUCCACAUCCUUGUGAUCGCUGCAUCUCGAGUGGCAUACUAUGAAGUUAGUGUGCACCUUGUGGGCUCUGCUUUUCCUGGUGCUGGCCGCGGCUCCCGUGGCGAGAGUGCAUGCUGUGAUCGGCCGAUGGUGGGGCAUCGCCAGCACUGUAGCUGUACAGGAGCAUGCGAACAUGGUGCCUGGCGUGGCACGGAAGGGCUCGGCCAUCAUGCUGGACCCUAAGAAGCAUCCUCUCAACAAGAAACAGCGGAGGCUGGUGCGGCGGAACCCGGGAACGCUGGAGAGCAUCGGUACCGGGGCCAUGCUGGCCAUCAAGGAGUGUCAGCACCAGUUCUCCAACCGUCGCUGGAACUGUCCAGUCAACACCAACGACCACGUCAACUCCGUCUUCGGCAACAUCCUCAAACGCGGUUGCAGAGAAACUGCUUUCAUCUACGCAGUGAUGUCGGCUGCCGUCGCGCACGAAGUUGGCCGAAACUGCGCGGAGGGUACGAUCGAGACCUGCUCGUGCGACUACCGAAGCAAGGGCCCGGCCGGAGAGGACUGGGAGUGGGGCGGCUGUUCCGACAACGUCGAAUUCGGCAAGCAGUUCGCCAAGCAGUUCGUGGACGCUGGGGAGAAGACGAAGGACUCCGUGCGCUACCUGGUCAACAUGCACAACAACGAAGCAGGCAGAGUGGCUGUAGCUGAGAACCUGCGGAGAGAGUGCAAGUGCCACGGGAUGUCUGGUUCCUGUACGCUGAAGACCUGCUGGAUGCGCCUGCCCAACUUCCGUGACGUCGGAGACAGCCUCAAGGAGAAGUUCGACGGCGCCUCCAAGGUCGCCGUGCCUGACAUCGGCAACAACCGCGGCUCCAGGGCAAAAGUCACCGGGCUGGUCCCCAAGAACUCCCGGCACAAGUUCCCCACAGACAACGACUUGGUCUACCACGAGAGAUCUCCCAACUUCUGCCGCAACAACCCGCGGCUCGGCUUCGAGGGCACGAGAGGGAGGGAGUGUAACGUGACGUCCCGGGGUUUAGACGGCUGUGACCUGCUGUGCUGCGGGAGGGGGUACGCCACACGGCAGGAGGUGACCAAGGAGAGGUGCAACUGCACGUUCCAGUGGUGCUGCCAGGUCAAGUGCGAGGAGUGCGUCAGAACGAAGACCAUCCACACGUGCUUGUAGUAGUAGGACUUACCUUCUAUCUACUCUAGUCAACAUAGUCCUUCAUAGGACAGCAACGGACUUCUACGUACGAUCCACAACCAACGUGCUACUCAAGUCUCUGCACCACUCUGUAAAAUCAUGAACUUUUGCAGAAAUACGACGGAUGGAAAGACCUCACGGAAUACUGCGUUCCGUCUUGUAGCUUUUUUUCAUACACAUUGGCCCGAUAUCAAUACCUAGCUCUGCAGGGAACAGACAAUUUUGUACAUAUUUUACUAUUUAUGAAUCUAUAUUUAUAUAUAAAUGUGGAGAAGAAAAGAUCUUACAUUAUUUAUUGCUGCAAAGGCAUUCUCUUCUGUGCUUUUUGUGGAUCUGACUCAGCUAGCAUAUUUGACUGCUAUGAACUGCAUAGACACUGAUGGCGUCAACAGUUAUUACGGAUGUAUUUCUCUUUUUUUAACUAAUGAUUCUAAGAUAUUGUCGUACGAGAAGUAGUGAAGAUUGUGGUAGCGUUGUAGUGUAGAUCUUAUGUUCUUAUUGUUGUGAACUGACGUAAGUCUAGGGCGGGACCCUAUGACAAAUAGUUACGCACUCUGACCUUUGACAAUACAAAAUACGUCAUAGACUAUGCACUGCCAGAUUGCUACCGAAGAACAUCCCUUACAGUUACCAUAUUCAGUGUGUACAAAGUUUGCUUCAUUCCCAGCGUCCCUUGUGAGGAGGAAAGGGGUAGCUCGUGUGCGAGAAAGAUGACAUGUGAAUAUUAAAUGUGGAAAAAUAUUAUUGUGCAAUAAUGAUGCUGUGUCUUCCCUGCACUUUUCACGGAAAGAUAAUAUCAUAUUGGUAAGGUCUGUGUAAAGAUAUCUCUGCUGCACCUCGACUGUUUAUGAAUACAAUGUUUUUAUAACAAGA